AUGUCUCCAUUAAAAUUUGAACACUAUCUCUCAACCAAUCAAAAAUAAUAACUUGAUAUUCACAUAACGCAUACGAUUGAUUCAAUCUCCAACAAUUUUAAACAUAAUCCAUUUAAAUCAGAUAUCUAUUCCUUAGGAUUAGUCCUUUUGCAAUUAUUACUACACAAUGACAAAAUUAAUUUGAGAAAACAAAUUGAAUGUCUCUUUUAUGAAUAAAGACAAUAAAACUUGCCAGGCUUAAUUGAAAAAUAUGAAAUAUACCUUUAUCCUGAAAAGUUUUUCCUCUUCGACUAAAAGUUAAAAAGAAUAAAGCCUUUAUUAAAGUUGCUACUAGAUGAAAAUGAAGAUACCAGAAUAUCUACCAUAGAAUUAGCUACACUGUUCAAUUCUUAAAUUUGCACCUCUAUUUAAACAUCUUUUACUUAACAAUUUGUCCCUACAGUCUGGAAAUCUGAAUAAGGCAGCUCUUAAUUGGCAUAUAGUUUAAAAUCCCAAAUAUAUCAAGGUGCAUACAAUAUAGAAAAAUAAGAGAGGGAAGGACAAGGCAUAAUGUAUAAGGCGGCUAAAAAUGAUUUAAUUUUUAAGAUUCAAAGACAUAAGAAAGAUAAGAAAUCUAUAUGUGAAGACGAUUAAGACUUCGAGAUAAGCUAAGUAACUCAACUAUAUGAGUCUAAAUAAGCACUUAGCACAAAGUAAAGUUUAGUUUAAAAUCAACUCUAAAUUCUUUAUUCUGGAGUAUGGUUAAAGAAUUUACCUCAUGGAAAAGGAGAGUUGCAUAUAUAUAAUACAGUGAGUGAUCUCAAUUACAAAGAGGUUAAUAUUGAUUAUGGAAAACUGAUUAAUAAAAUAGAUGAUCAUCACGAAGAGCAUCAAUUAUAAAUAAAUUCAUAAUUUUAUUUUGGAUUAUUAGAUUAGAAAACUACUAUCAAUAGACUUUAGGUUUAGUAUUUCUUAAAUAUAAGUGAAAGGUUGGCUGAGGAUGAUUUCAUUGUUGGAAAGUAUUAUUACAAGUUUGAAUUUGAUGCCACAACCCAAAAAUAUUAUGGAUAUUAAUAACCUUAUGAUUUUACUGUUAUUGAUGUCCUAGGUUUGAAUGAUAAAGAAAUAAUUUGUCUAAUUGUAAGCAGAUUUAUAAAAAAUCUUAGAAGCAAAAUCUCUCAUUUCGAAAUUCGAAGAUAUGUGAUUGAAAAAUAGAUUUAUCUUAAAGACAGCAAUAAUAAUUAUAUUUAUAUCCGAUUUGAUGGACAACAUUACAAGGAGUCACAUUAAAAGCAGCAAAAAGAAUAAUCAAUUAGAAAACCUAUCUAACCUCCAAUGGUUUAAAAUAAGUCAACUACUGCUUGUUGUGUAAAGCAAAAUAAAAAGAUUAAUCAAAAAUAAUAGAUAGAAAUUGAAAUACAGUCUGAUGUAUUAGAAUCCUAAAUUGUUUUAGAAUGUCUCAACUAAUAAAAGUCAAAUGUGAGUGAAUUGAUUCUCUAAACUGCUUCCUUAUCUUCCCAUGCAUUAGAAUGGCUAUUUGCUGAUGACAUCAUUUCUUAGAUUGAAAUACUAAGCUUUAGUAAUUCCUAAAUCAAAGACAACUAACUUAAUUUGAUUUUGAUGAGUUAAUCUGUGACUUAAGUGAGGGAUUUAGAUUUAUCAUAUACUUAAUUAUCAGUAUAAACAAUCACUGCCUUAAUUAAUUCAGACAAUUUAAACAAACUUCAUAAAUUAAGGAUGGCUGGAUGUCUGUGGUGUUAAUAAUUUGAAGAUUUCAUUGCGUGUGACAAAUCUUAGAAGUUAAUUCUAUUGGAUAUCUCCCAUAAUAAGUGGGUUGACUCCAACCUCCUCAAAUUAUUCACCCCUGUGUACUUACCUAAUCUUAACCAAUUGAAUUUGAAUAAGACUUCAUUAACAGAUAAAGAUCUCAAGAAGUUUUCUGAGACACCACUCGGGAAGAAGGUUAAUAUGAUGCCAUUAACUUCUAAGCAAUAGGAAUAGCAGAUGAUUGAUUUUAAGAUUUCAAUACACACAACUAAUAGUCUAUUUGCGAAUGUCAGAAAUUUAGAGAAGUAUGGUUACAUGUCUUAUCAUGAUAUGCAGGAGAAUAAUUAUAUUAAAGACGAAACUCUUAAGAGAAUAGCUCAUUCGCAAGGUUUACAGAAUAUUGAAUAUUUGAAUUUAAAGAAAUAGGAUAUCACUCAUUAUGGAAUGAAACAUUUUCUGUAAUCCUAAUUUAUUACUAAUAUCAUUUCAAUAAACUUAUCAAAUACCUAAAUAAAUGGGGAAGUAUUAAAGUAAAUAUAUUCCUCUAAAAUAUAACACUUGAAAAUCUUAAAACUAAAAAAUUGCAAUAGUAUUUAGUUUGACGAUUUAUACCUCUUUUUAAAAAAUUAUAAAGCAGCAUAUCUCUAAAAAUUUUACAUUAGUAGCAAAUAAAUAUCUACGAAAAAACUUGUUACUGAGUUGAAGAAUCUAUAAUCAUUGACUUAAACCUAAAUCAUUUUCAAUGAUUAAGAAAAGCAAACUGAUAUAUCUGCUUUGCUUACCACCAUUCUGACUUGGGUAGCCAUUUUGAUAAGCAAGCAAAAACUACAAAAAUUAACAUUAGACUUAAGGGAUUGCAAAGGAAUCAACAAUGGCUUUGACUUAUUCUUAGAAGAGAUCCAAUAAUUGAAAGGAGAAUAAUCCAUAAGAUAUUGUCUAAUUAAAGUUCGUCAAUGCCAAUUGCUAUGA